UCGUUUGACAUUCUUUUGACAAGCAUUGAUUUGCAUUAAAAUCACCGAAUUGACACGUGAAAUAAUUAAAAAAAGAGAAAUGUCCACUAUAACGCCGCUAAUUACUCAGCAUUACAAUUCUCUUCAGGAGAAAGGGAUCGAUGCUCGAAAGGAUUCUCGGAUUUUCUUCAUGCGCUCCUUCAACAAUUGGAUCAAAUCCAUGCUCAUCAGCGACACAAUAAAGCGGAUCCAACGUGAAAAGGACGAGGACAAGGACGAUCUCACCGUUUUGGACAUGUGUUGUGGGAAAGGCGGCGACAUCCAAAAAUGGGUGAAAAGCAAUGCAGUCAAGCACGUAGUUUUCGCUGAUAUCGCUGAAACUUCGGUGGAACAGUGCGCGGACCGCUACCGGAAUUUGUACCCACCGGGCCGAGGACAGAAGGAGAUAUUUUCUGCAGAGUUUGUAACAGCGGAUUGUACAAAGGACACGCUUCGUGGCAAAUAUUCCUCCCCGGACAUCAAAUUCGAUCUCGUCAGCGUCCAAUUCUCCUUCCACUACAGUUUCGAAUCCAUUAAACAAGCCACGAAAAUGCUGGAAAAUAUCUCGGAUAAUUUAAUCUCGGGAGGAUAUUUCAUCGGAAGCACCCCCAAUGAUAAUCGGAUCGUGAAAUGGCUGCGAACCUCCUCACCCUCGCGAUCCUUUGGCAACGACGUGUUCAACAUUCGUUUCGAGAGCGAGGAACCUCUGCCAAUUUUUGGAGCUAAAUACUACUUUCAACUCGAUGAAGUCGUCAACUGCCCAGAGUUCCUGGUCAACUUUAACGCUUUGAAAGAGUUAGCUUCACGCGUGGGCCUCCGCCUCGUUUAUAAAUACACUUUUGAAGAGUUUUUCGCCAUGAUGAGGAAAGAGGGACAGUUUCUUUUAGAGCGGAUGCAGGCUGUUCAGACCUACCCACCACCCGAGACCACACCAACCCCGCCGCCACCACCAAAAUCCAGUGUAGAAUACGCUCAUGCAGAGAAAUUCUUGAGAGACAAUCCUGAAAUUGAAAAAGUGGGAACUUUGUCAAAGUCCGAGUGGGAAGCCGUUUCACUCUACGUCGUUUUCGCAUUUAUUAAAGAGUGAAGUUUUAAGAGUUAUUUUACGAUACAUUUGACAAUUCGUUUUUAUUUUAUUGUCAAUAAUUAAUUAUAAACAAUCGUUUAACACGAUAUCUGGUUAAAUUUUUAUUAUCACAAAAAGAUUUAUAUAAAUAAAUUUAAAAAAAACA